CGAGAACUAGCCAGCCCUGUUUGGCUGGAUUUUGUGAUCAUAUAGGACAAUCCCCCCACGUCGCGAGCAAAGGACAAACACGGAGCUUUUCAAAUAAGACACCGGUGGCUUUAAUUUUUUUUUUCAUUUCCUGAAGUGAAUAACCGAAAAUAUGACGAUGACAGCCAGACCCUGGACACGGUACACCUACACAGCUGUCCUGCUUCUUGGACUCUGGGCUGUUCCAUCAAGCGGACACAGCAACGGUCAAAACAUUGAUGGCGCCUGCAGCAGCCUGGCACCCCAGCACUACCCUCCCCCGCAGAUCACAGCUCCCCCCUAUCAGAUUACUUUCACCCCCGCCCAAUACAACUCCAGUACGCCUAUCACAGUCAACAUCAGCAGCUGUAGCCCUACAGAUGGCUUCAAGGGUUUCAUGAUACAGGCCAGGCGAGCAGGGUCCAACUCGACGGACAUGAUCGGCAACUUCAGCGUUGUUGCGGGCACAAACCCAGCCUGCAGUGGUUCAGCACUUGUACAUAACAACGACAUUGUAAAACAGUCGAUGCUAUUGCAGUGGAAUCCACCCCCUACCCCAGUGGGGGAUUUAGUCUUCAGGGUGACGUUUGUGAAAGAUUACAAUACAUUCUGGGUUAAUCUCCAAUCUGAAGUUCUACAAGAUGCCAACCUUACAACCCAUAUUCAGUUGAACGAAUCUGAUAUUACCCCAGCUUGCAGUCAAUCCAACGUGACACAACCCCCAGUGACAACAACCCUAACUCCAGUUCCUUCUGGAACUUUCCCAAAACCCAUUGGGUGUGGCCAGAGCAUGGGCUGCUUCUCCUCAUGUUCUGACACCCAGUGUAACUACAUCAUAGCCUGGGAGCAGGGGGGAUUCAACAACAGUGACGCCAUCAUCAACAUUACCGCAGCCGUGGCGUUUGCCAGUGGCUCAUACCUGGCACUAGGGUUCUCGUAUGAUUCAGAGAUGGGGGAUGACAGUGUAAUGGGUUGUGCCUUUGGUUCCAACUCCAGCACCAUUGUCAAGUUUACUGGAUACACUACAGGAACAGUUGCUCCAUCAAUGUUUAAUGAUAGUGAAGUGAAGCUGACAAGCAGCAUGUAUGUUGAUGGUAUUCUAAGCUGUUAUUUCCAGAGGCCCAUAGCUGGAAAAGACAAGCGUUACGAUCUCACAAAAUCGUGGACUUUACUGUUUGUAAGAGGCCGCGCUAGUGUUGACAAGAACGUUGCGUACAUCCAAGAUCACAAUCAAGACAGACACAUCUCUGAGCAGCAGGUCAGCAUUGACUCAUGGGUAGACCUGGGCAAGGUGGAGGAGGAGAGUGCUUUGAUUAAAGCUCAUGGUAGUUUAAUGGUGGGGGCCUGGGUUUUCUUUGCAAGUGUUGGUAUUGUGGCGGCCAGGUACUACAAACCUGUGUGGAAGUACAGCUUGUGUUCCCAGAAAGCCUGGUUCCUUAUCCACAGAUUUAGCAUGGUGAUUGUAUUUUGUGCAACUGCAGCUGCUUUUGUCAUUAUAUUUGUCAAGGAAAAAGAAUGGAGUUAUAUUGAUGUUGAAGGAAAAAAGUUUUUAGAGGGACACCCCAUAAUGGGGGUCAUAGUAAUGGCACUGACGUUAAUCAAUCCUAUUAUGGCAUUUUUCCGACCACAUCCUGGAACAGCCAAGAGACCAAUCUUUAACUGGGCGCAUUGGUUUGUUGGAACAGCUGCUCAUAUUUUAGGAAUCAUCACCAUAUUUUUUGGGGUUCAGCUACCCGACGCUGAUUGUCCGUACUACGUGGUCUACAUACUGGCAGCAUACGUAGCAUGGCAGAUUUUUGUGGAGCUUCUGCUGGAGUUUAUUUCUUGUAUUGGAAGGAAAAAAGACCGAAGUGAUGUUUACGAACUAAACAGUGGCAGCGAGCCUAAGAUGGAGCCUACAGUAGAAAGCCGAUGGGUAAUCAUCACCAAGCGCGUCAUCUUUGUCCUUCAUGUCCUCAUUGUUGCUGCCCUGACAGCCGCUGUCAUUGCCAUCAUCUCCCUGGGCAAGAAAAAUCUGGAAGAUUAAACAAGGAAAUGUUUUACUUCAUAUAAGUUUACAAAGUCAUAGGAACCAGCUCAAAUAUUCAUCUUUGAUGUUUAAAAAAAAUAGAUUCCUGCGAACACUGUUAGUCAACUGUGUAUAUUAUAUUUGUAAAGUGGAUUUGGUUUACUGUGAUUGAAUUUCUGUAAAUUAACUUGUUAGUCAAAAUUGAAUAUUAAACACUAUAGUUAUAAACCAUAUCUAAAUAACUUCAAUCAAAAAUUAGUGACAGAUUGUUGACUUGCUUAUUAAUAGUAGAAACUUUUAUUGUAAACCAAGUACUUGGACACACAGAUCCCAGUAUCAUUGAAAGUAUUUAACCAAGAUAAGUAUACAAAAUAAAAUAAAAAAAUAAUAGUAGGUAAAAGUUAAAUAAUUGGUAAGUUCAAAUUCUCACAUUAAACAAAAGUAGACUUUAAUUAUCAUAUUUUUAUGGUUUUUUUAAUUGAAAGUUUUAUUAUUAAUUAGUAUCUUUAACCAUGUUUAUUAAUUCAUUAUAAUAUUUUAAUGUUUAAUUAACUUGGUAAGAUGACGUUGACUUGGUUUUGUCCCCUAUUUAACAUUCACAAAUCUAAGGGAUAUAACUGAAGCUUACUCAAAACUGAUCCAUUUAGGUUUAUGUGACAAUUUUUUAACAAUUGUAUUGGUUUAACAUACAGUUAAUGAAAUUAAUUGUGUAAUUCUUUUUCAUAAUUGUAAUUUUGUAUUUAUAUUUAGCAAGUGUUUGUAGCAUGCCAAAUAUUAGUGUUCUGUUACUGUUUUUGAUUUUUAAAAUUACGAUUGAAGCAAUUCAAAAUUUAAAAAAAAAUUAUACCACUUCAUGAACAACAGGUCCCUUCGCCAUAGAGACCAUAACAUUCUCUGCUCAUUGGGAAAAAUGCCAAUGAUAAUCAUGGUUAUCAUUUACAGAGGGUAAUGAAGGCUUUGCUAUUGUAUAUAGGUGUUUGAUUUAGAAAGGCAAGUCAGACAGCUUAAUACAAUCUCUAGCAGCUGGAGUUUAUCUGGCCACUCUCUGGUUUCUAGUUAAAGCUUGAACUCUCAUUCCUUAUCGUCCUGAGACGUAUUUGUUAACCGUGGUAGUUUCCCUUUGAUUCAAGCAUACAACUACAUUGUUUUGAUAACGUCCCUUUAAUUGAAAAAUAAAACGACUACAAUGUUGUUACCAUACACUAUUGAAUCGAUCAAUAGAACAAUUUAAGCUGUUCACCUAUUUUCUUUAUUUAAAAAUUAAGUUUUUUUUAAAAUUCCUACUUUUCUGUAUGAAAGUUGUUUAUUGUUUGGAUUUCAUUGUUAGAUUAACAGGGGCACUAAACCUAGCCAUAACCUCUACCCUAACACUAGACUUGACUUGGUCCUUUUUACACCUAGUGGGUCUCAAGGGUUACCCUACAAACUAAACAACACCUCAUUGUUUACCCUUAUGAAAAUACGGCGGGAGAAAUCCUUGAAACAAUUCUGUUUUAUCAUGCCAGAGUAUAGAGAACAAGCUUUUUUUUUGUGACAAACAUUUAUUUCAAGGCACAGACAGCCCCAGACCGAUGACAUUCAUCAUCAAUUAUCGCCAUCAUCUUCUUCAUCAUCUUCUUCAUCGUCUUCAUCAUCAUCUUUACCCGUUCGUGCCCAAAAUACAAGUGCAGAUGAAGCAGAGGUCAUCUGUUUAACGAUCUCUGCAUACACGGGGAGAGUGUGGUCAAUACUAUGCCCUGCCGCCUUGGUUUCUCUAAUGUGAACCAGGUACCCAUCAGAGCUGGGUGGACUCAGGGACUCUAAACUUUCGGGUUAGCGGUCGUGAGCUCUACCAUUCGACCACGCCGUCUCUUGUGACUUUAAGCUAACCCUAAUUUUAAUCCUAACACCCCAGACCUAGCUAGUCUUGUACAAACUAAUACAAAAAUUCUAACACGAAAAUAAGACAUAGUUUACCCACACCCUACCCUAAGUUAGAUCGAUAGAUAACAACGUUUUAUAUAACACCCCAUUUCUAGCAUCACCCUAAGUUGUGUCAGUCUAUUGAAUAAUAUUAUUAUUAAGAAGAGAUUUAAAAAAUAAUUCAAUGGAAGUGUUGUACAGCUUUGAUUUAUACUACCGCCCCACCCCAUAUAACAUAACACAACACACAUAACCUCUCCUAUCACUUUGGUGUGUUAUAAUAAUAAAACGCGUGAACUAUCCCCACCUCACAAGAGAGCAAUAAAUUCUUGUAUUUUAAGACAGAAGAGUCAUGAUAUUAAAUCAGUCAACAGGAUUGCCAAAUCUGUGAUUAGUCAUACUUAUUACAUUAUUUUAUGUACUUUUAUGUAUACCCUUCUAAUGAUAUUGAUAUUACACGAUUCUUUAACUCUAUAGUAAAUGAACGUCUAAUGAUGAGUUGAAGUAUUUUUUUUUUGUAACAACCAUCAUUGAGAGUGACUAUAUAACAUCAAAUAUCAACUGCUGUAAUCAUAUUGAUCGAGUUACAUACCAAUAUAUUAUAUACUGACAAGUGUACUUUUUAUUUAUUAAUUUAGAUAUUAAUUAAGGGGAUAUAAUCGUGAUCUUGGGUUGUCGAACACGGAGCUCAAAACUCCACCCUUCCCCCCACCCAAAGUGUUUGUUGUUUAUUUUUUUUCAACAUGUAGUUAAAAUGCUACUCAAUAUAAAAGACUUACUUACAUUUAUUUUAGAAAUUGUCUUAAAUUUGUAUGACUGUGUUGUUGAAUUUCAAAUGUUUAAGUAAAAGAAAAAAUUAGGCCUCCUUAAAAAGAAGCACAAAAAGAUAUUCUUAAACAUGCUAACAAACUCGCCCCCCCUCCCCCCAGCCCUUUCAUUUUUAAAUAAAGUCAUUUUAUCCUGCCUUUUAUUAUUUAUUUUAUCUUAAAGUUUAUUUCAACCAGCUAUGACUUAUUAUACAAAAUGCAUUGUGUGAAGAAAUUUGUCAUUUACUAUGCAAUCUAGUUUUAAAAUCUUUACUGUAUUUGAAUAAAACAUUUACAUUUUC